AAGUAGGGAGGGAGUAAGUACAGUGUGAAGCAUAACUCUGGUUAUGGCGAUGGCUGUAGCUAUGCAAACUCGUCACUUUCGGACAGCAGCAUUUAACACUGCAGGAACGGGCUGGAGGUCCAGCCACAGCAUCGCGCUCAAAUCCCAAUACGACGCGCUUAUAAUCGGUGGAGGGCACAAUGGACUAAUUGCUUCUGCAUAUCUGCAGAAGGGAGGCUUAAAAACAGCAGUUCUAGAGCGCAGAAGUGUACUCGGUGGAGCUGCAGUGACUGAAGAGAUCAUUCCAGGUUUCCAUUUUUCCCGGGCCUCCUAUCUCCUCAGUUUACUGCGUCCUCACAUAUAUCAGGAUCUGGAGCUCAAGAAACAUGGGCUGAAGGUAUACAUGAGAGAUCCCCAUGCAUUUACCCCCAUGCUGGAGGAAGGGGUCAGGGGGCGGCCACCUCGCUCUCUUUUACUAGGCAGUAAUCUGGCAAAGAAUCAGAAAGAGAUUGGAAAAUUCUCAGAGAAAGAUGCAAAGGCUUACCCUGACUAUGUUGCACAUUUGGAGAAGCUGGCAUGUGCAAUUCACCCACUCCUUGAUGCACCACCUGUAGACAUCCCAGGAAUUACUGAGGGGUCAUUGAGGAAAAGAAUAGCAGCAAUGAGGAGUUUGAAACCUUUAGUAAAAUCUGGGCUGAAAUUGGGAAAAAACAUACCAGACUUCUAUGAACUAAUAACAGCCCCAGCAAUGAAGGCACAUAGAUGGUGGUCAGCAUUUGGCACCAAAAGCAGGAAUACAUGGACCCAACCUUCCUUGUGUCAACUCCAGGCUGGUGGAGGUGGUGUAAUGGUUUUAAAUCACUGGUUUGAGUCUGAGCCACUUCAAGCAACAUUAGCCACUGACUCCGUGAUAGGAGCUAAUACAAGCCCUAACAACCCGGGUAGUGGGUAUGUCCUUUUGCACCACAUAAUGGGUGAGCUGGAAAAGGAGAUGGGGGCCUGGGGUUAUGUCCAAGGGGGCAUGGGUGGUGUCUCCAAGUCCAUUGCUAACUCUGCAAGCUCCCUUGGAGUAGAUAUCUUUACUGAGCAGGAGGUUAGUCAAGUUCUGGUUGGACCAGAUCAUACUGCCAAAGGUGUUGUGCUGAAAGAUGGUACUGAAGUUCACAGUAAAGUAGUUUUGUCCAAUGCUACUCCAUAUGCAACCUUCAAACAUCUUACUCCACAGGAUGCACUUCCUCAGAAGUUUAUUAGUGCUAUUGAUCAGAUUGAUUAUACCUCUCCUGUCACCAAAAUUAAUGUGGCUGUGGACAAACUGCCAAAUUUCUUGGCAGCCCCUAAUACAACUGAUGGAAAACCAGGGCCACAUCACCAGUGUUCCAUUCACCUGAACUGUGAGAGUGUGGAAAUAUUAGAAGCAGCAUAUAAGGAAGGCCAACAAGGGCGCCCAUCCUCAAGACCUAUGAUGGAGAUGACUAUACCAUCUGUGCUGGAUCCCACACUCGCCCCACCUGGCUGUCAUGUGGUGUCUUUUUUCACACAGUUUACACCUUACUGUCUGGAAGGUGGGCGAGCGUGGACAGAUGAGGACAGAGAGAAAUAUGCAAAUACAGUGUUUGAUUGGGUUGAACGUUAUGCACCUGGAUUUAAGCAGUCAAUAGUUGUCAAAGAUAUUUUGGCUCCUCCUGAUCUAGAGAGGGAAUUUGGUCUCACUGGAGGGAACAUUUUCCAUGGUGCAAUGUCAUUGGAUCAGCUUUAUUUAGCAAGACCUUUGCCCUCGAUUGCACACUACCGUACACCAGUCAAAGGCCUCUACUUGUGUGGCAGCGGCAGCCAUCCUGGUGGGGGUGUGAUGGGUGCUGCUGGAUGCAAUGCUGCUCUGACUGUCUUGGCUGACUUUAAACAUUGAUGACAUGAUGACGUGUCAGCUGGGUUUGACACAUGUGGAGUUCCACACAACAAAGAAGUUAUAGCUGUCUGAGAUCCAAAACUAAUAAGCUACAACCCCAAUUCCAAAAAAGUUGGGACAGUAUGGUAAAUGCUAGAUUUGUAAAUGUACUUUGACUUGUAUUUAAACGUACAAAGACAAGGUAUUUGAUGUUUUACCUAAUCAACUGCAUAGAUUUUUGAAGAUAAACAUUUAUUUUGAAAUUGAUGCAUGCAACACGUUCCAAAAAAAGUUGGGACAGGGGCAAUUUAGGAUUAAUAGUGAUGUGACAAGUUGAAAUAAGAAGGUGAUGGGAAACAGGUGAGGCAAUCAUCUAAUCAUAGUAUAUAAGGAGAAAAAAGGCCUCCAAAAAAGGUCUAGUCCUUCAAGAGCAAGGAUGGGUCGAGGCUCGACAAUCUACCAACAGAUACGUCAGCGAAUAAUCCAACACUUUGAGAACAUUUCCCAAAGACAAAUCAGUAGGAUUUGGGGCAUUUCACCUUCUACAGUGCACAAUAUAAUUAAAAGAUUCAAGGAAUCUGUGUAAAGGGCAAUAGGUGCAUAAAGGGCAAGGUCGAAAACCACUUCUGAAUGUGCGUUAUCUCCAAUCCCUCAGACAUCACUGUCUUAAAAACCGUCAUGAGUCUGUAAUGGAUAUUCUGACUUGGACUCGGAAAUAUUUUGGUAAACCUUUGUCAGUCAACCACUGCAUCCACAGAUACAAGUUAAGCCUUUAUUAUGCAAGGCAGAAGCCAUACAUCAACACUGUCCAGAAGCACCGCCGACUUCUCUGGGCUUGGUCUCAUGUGAGAUGGACAGUAGCACCGUGGAAUCGUGUUUUGUGGUCAGACGAGUCAACAUUUCAAAUAGUCUUUGGACAAAACAGCCGUCGUGUUCUCUGGGCCAAAGAGGGAAAGGACCAUCCAAGCUGUUAUCAGCGUCAGGUCCAAAAGCCAGCGUCUGUCAUUGUAUUGGGUGUGUGCCAAUGCCCAUGACAUGGGUAACUUGAACAUCUGUGAGGGCAACAUUAAUGCAGAAAGAUAUGUACACAUUUUGGAGCAAGAUAUGCUGCCAUCCAGAGCAGGACAAUGCCAAACUACAUUCUGCCCGGAUUACAAGAUCAUGAUUGCGUAAGCAGAGAGUGCGGGUGCUAGCAUGGCCGGCCUGCAGUCCUGACCUGUCUCCGACUGAGAAUGUGUGGCACAUUAUGAAGCCCAAAAUAAAGCAACAAAGGCAGUUGCACAGCUAAAGAAAUGCAUAACGGAUGAAUGGGGGAAAAUCCAGCUUGCUAAACUUAACCAACUGCUUUCUUCAGCACCCAAACACUUAAGUGUUAUUAAAAGAAAAGGUGACAUUACACAGUGGUAAACAGUCGACUGUCCCAACUUUUUUGGAGUGUGUUGCAGUCAUCAAAUUUGAUAUGAGUGUAUAUUUUAAAAAAUAAAUUAAAUCCACAAAGUAAAACAUCAAAUAAUUAGUCAAUAAUGUGUUUUCAGUGUAGUACAGAGUGAAUUGAAUUUUCAAAUGACUGUUUGUUUUUAUACAUUUUCCAUACUGUCCCAACUUUUGCAGAAUUGGGGUUGUAAAUUAAAAUAUUUCUUGAGUUAAAUUAAAAUAAUAAUUUUAAAAAACACAAUUCUGAACCAAUACAGGAAGUAUUGACUUAUCUCUCAAUAAUAAUGAUGGCAGAAUUUUGUCAAAGCACUUGGUCUCUUGCUGCUUACGUUCAUUGUGCAAGCUCAACUUACCCAGACUCUUAUAUCACACAUACAGUCCUAAAAGUUCUGCUUGGACUCAUGAUCUGAUGAUCCAUUCAGCCAUUUUUCAUAACACAUACUACACAGGGUUGAGGGGGAGCCUGGAGCGUAUCUCGGGGCACAAGGCGGGGGCACCCUAGAUGGGGUGCCAACCCAUUGCAAGGCACAAUAGCACAGACAUUCACACACCUUACACACUAUGGACAAUUUUGGAAAUGCCGGAGGAUAGCCAACACUACUGUGGAUGAUUAAAAAAUAUGCCAAUGUUAAAUAAUUCAAUGUUCAAAAAUAAGCAACAUCAUCUCCCAAGAAUUUCUCUUGUGAUAAAAAUGCAGUGUUUCUUGUUUUAUCUCAUACCCUGCCCUUGACAUACUAUGUGAUCUUUCUGAAAUGGGCUCUACGUUCCACAGUAUUUCAACACAAAUGAUGUAAAUAUAGAAGGAAUCUUUUAUGGCAAAAAAUUUGAUGAAUUAGAAAUUGACAACUUGAUUGGCCAGGCAGUAAAAAUCCUAAUGGUUGAAGCAUGCUUCAGAUGAAUUUGAAAGAUAUUUUGAUUAGGUAGAUAUCCAGGAGGUUUAUAAUAAUAAAGAUUCUCACAGAUAGGGGACAAAUCAAAUUUCCUGUAAAAUUAAGACAUUUAUUGUCAUCAUUGUAAGUGACUAUCAGUGGUGUAGUACAAUGAAGUUUAAUAAGAGGGUGUAUGCUGUGUUUGCCUUCAACUUGAUCUACUAGUCUAUAAAUGACAUUGGAAUUUAUACACCUCUCUAGCUUUAUGUCAAUUAUAAUAAUAAAGAGAGCCCCUAGGA